AUGACGUCGGAGCCGGUGCCGCCGGGGAUGCUGAGCGUGCGGGUGCUGCGGGGGGUCAACCUCGUGAACUGUGAUGCCAACGGCAGCGACCCCUACGUCGUGCUUGAGCUGGACAACCAGAAGGUGAUGACGAACGUCAUCAAGAAGACGGUGAACCCGGUCUGGAACGAGGAUCUCACCCUCGCCGUCACGAAUCCAACAACACCGAUCAAGAUAGAGGUGUUCGACAAGGACAAGUUCAGCAAGGACGACAAGAUGGGGGAUGCGGAGGUGGACCUGGAGCCGCUGCUGCAGAUGGCCCGGAUGGACCUGGAGGACAUCCGGAGUGGCACCGUGGUGCGCACCGUGCGGCCUCACCGUGGCGGUGCCGGAGGGAGCUGCUGCCUGGCGGAUGAGAGCAGCAUCGUGUGGGAGGAAGGGCAGGUGGUGCAGGACGCGUUGCUCAAGCUCAGGAACGUCGCCACCGGCAUCAUCCACCUCCAGCUCCGAUGGGUCAAAAUACCAUCAUUAUGAUCGAUCCUUAAUUAUAUGGCUACUCAAUGACCGACCCAUGUUUAUUUUGUGUUGAUUAAUUUCGUCAUGCAUCCAUGUUUUGCUGGAUGGUCGAUCCAUGUUAAGUUUUUGUCAAUUUCUACAUUUAGUCAUGCAUGCAUGCACGGUGUCAAUUUUCAUGUGUUCUUCCGGGCGUAUUUUUUAUCCGGUUAUUGAUCGAUUCAUACCAUACCUAUCAUGUUAAUGUUGAAGCCUCUCUAACUCAAAGAAAGAAAUACCAAGUCUUCUUUUCCCAAACAUAUACUUAUAUACUAGCAUGCGGAGGUGCGACGUGCGACCGCGCCCGUCAAAGAGCAUAUGUGUGUAUGUAGGUUGUCUUUCGUUUGUGGACCGUGAUAUUUGACACAGGUGUGCCAUAUAGCUAAAACUGCCGCACCUUCUUCCUUCCAUUUAGUUACAUGCAUGAUUCAUUAGGAUGAAUCCUUCUCCUUUAAUUACAUGUAUGCACUGGAGGACAAA